AUGUUCAAAGGCUAUCUGGACUAUGAGAUGUUCAAUGAAGUAAUAUUGUUGUUCAAUGAUAUGAUUCGCGAAAAUGUUAGUCCUAAUGGUUACACAUUUCCAAUGGUGCUUAAAUCUUGCCUGAGACUAAUGGCCUUAAAAGAAGGCGAGAUGGUGCAUUCUUUGGUGUUGAAAUUUGGGUUUAAGUCAAAUACCUAUGUCGGUUCUACUUUGAUUGAAAUGUACGCGAGUGCAGGCCAAUCAACCCUCCCAGAAAAAUAUCAUCUUCAGUACUUGACAAAAAUAGCUAAAAUUGCUGUUAACUUGGCCCCAAAACUACCUCACGUUCUCCUCCAAGAAAAAUUUGUUUCUCUAUUGAAAUCAUGUAAGAAAGCCAGGCAAGUCAAAGCAAUACAGACCCAGAUUAUAACUCACGCUCUUGACCCCAGCAACCAAUAUACAAUCCCAACUUUACUCUCAAAAUGCUUUGUUAUAAACCAAGUCUCGUAUGCCCACACGGUGUUCGAUAGAAUUCGUAGCAGAAAUGCCUCCGUGUACAAUGCAAUGUUCAAAGGCUAUCUGGACUAUGAGAUGUUCAAUGAAGUAAUAUUGUUGUUCAAUGAUAUGAUUCGCGAAAAUGUUAGUCCUAAUGGUUACACAUUUCCAAUGGUGCUUAAAUCUUGCCUGAGACUAAUGGCCUUAAAAGAAGGCGAGAUGGUGCAUUCUUUGGUGUUGAAAUUUGGGUUUAAGUCAAAUACCUAUGUCGGUUCUACUUUGAUUGAAAUGUACGCGAGUGCAGGCCAAGUAAGCUGCGCCUGCAGAGUGUUUGCUGAGAUGGUUUUGAGGAAUGUUGUUACAUGGACUUCAAUGAUCAAUGGUUUUGUUUUGAAUGGCGAUUUGUUUUCCGCAAGGAGGCUCUUUGAUUUGGCACCCGAGCGGGAUGUUGUGUUGUGGAAUACUAUGUUGUUAGGUUACAUUGAGCACGUGGAUAUGGCGGAGGCUAGAAAGCUUUUUGAUGUGAUGCCCAAUAAGGACUUGAUGUCUUGGAAUACCAUGUUAAAUGGCUAUGCGAAUAAUGGGGAUGUUGAACGGUGUGAAGAACUCUUUGAAGAGAUGCAACAGAGAAAUAUCUUCUCAUGGAAUGGGUUGAUUGGAGGGUAUGCCCAUAAUGGACGGUUUGUUGAAGUCCUUGGAACAUUCAAAAGGAUGCUAAAUGAGUCCGAUGUGCAGCCUACUGAUGCCACGCUUGUGAAUGUGUUGUCAGCUUGUGCAAGGUUAGGUGCACUUGAUUUGGGCAAGUGGGUUCAUGUAUAUGCUGAGAGUACUGGGUACAAGGAUAACCUUUAUGUUUGUAAUGGUUUAAUUGAUUUGUAUGCCAAGUGCGGGAUGAUAGAAAGUGCAAUCAAUGUUUUUAGGAACAUGGGAAGAAAAGAUUUGAUAUCCUGGAACACAAUUAUUAAUGGCUUAGCAGUACAUGGUCAUGGAGCUUAUGCUUUAAAGUUGUUUAGUGAGAUGAAACUUGAAGGAGAAAAACCAGACGCAAUUACUUUUAUAGGUAUUUUAUGUGCUUGUUCUCAUAUGGGUUUAGUUGAUGAAGGAUUUCAGUAUUUUCAGUCAAUGGUUGAUGAGUACUCAAUUGCGCCACAAAUUGUGCAUUAUGGUUGCAUUGUUGAUCUACUAGGUCGUGCUGGACUUCUGGAGCAGGCUGUGGAUUUUGUGAACAAAAUGCCAGUAAAAGCAGAUGCUGUGAUUUGGACCACUUUACUUGGUGCUUGUAGAGUUCACAAGAAUGUUGAAAUUGCUGAACUAGCUCUUCAAAAACUUAUCCAGAUUGAGCCUAGAAAUCCAUCAAACUAUGUGAUGCUGGGAAACAUUUAUCGAGCUGCUAAAAUAUGGAAAGAUGUUGCACGACUUAAAGUUGCAGAGAGGGAUACUGGAUCUAGGAAAUUGCCAGGUUGCAGCUCAGUUGAAGUUGAGGAUGGAGUGGUUGAGUUCUACUCAUUUGACGAAAGGCAUUCUAGCUCAGAGGAGAUAUAUGAUGCCCUGAGAGGAUUGAUGAAUGUGUUGCUAUCAGAUGGAUAUGUCCCAGAUUUUGUGGAGCUUGGUCAGGGAAUCUAGAGAAGUGAAACAAAAUUUUGUAUUGAGUACCAUUUUUGUGUUGAUGUACAGUUCGAUGCUUUUAACCAAGACCGAGGACAUAUACGAUAUAACAUGCCAUGUGAGAAUAAUAAAGCACCAAAUUCAGUGGAAAAUUUCCCAGACCCUGUUCUGAUUUUGCUGUACCUGGAUUUGCUUGAUUCUGCAAAGAAUGCCAUAAUCAGUUAUCAAUCUGGAAAAA